AUGGAACUUGCUUGUAUCAGAAUCUUUCUUUCGCUUAGUCUAUUCAUAGCAGGUUUCCAAGCCCUCUUCACUCCCAACCUCUAUGAAUUAUCUCCCAAAUCCCCGACUGUGCAAACCGAUUCGACACCAAGAGACAGCAUUUGCACCACCCAUACUAUUGCAGCUGAAGAGAACUGCGUAGUCUUGGCCUUCUUUCUGCAUAUCACAAUAGCAGACAUUGAGAAUUGGAACAAGGCUAUGUUUGGAUGGAAGGGCUGUGGGAAUCUCUCCCAAGGUCAAAUCAUAUGUCUAAGUGCUGGUGAACCUGCCAUGCCUGUCGCACUUCCACAGGCAAUCUGUGGUCCUCAAGUGCCUGGUACUGCGCGACCUAGCAAUUACGCCUCUCUUGAUACUCUCAAUCCAUGCCAAAGCAAUGAAUGCUGUUCUUUAUGGGGUCAAUGUGGUACCACAUCAGAGUUUUGUGAGUACACUAAGUGUAUCUCAAAUUGUAAAGCACUAGAUUUGGUUGAAGGAGGUAAAGUCAAAGGAAGCGGAGACAAAAAACCAGCUACCACUACCACGAGCCUCGCCACGGAGAUUACACACUUUGCGUGGACAAAACCAGCAGAAUCUACAUCCACUACAACGUCAGCGGAAGUAUCAGCUCCCACAUGGUCUAUAACAAUGUAUGCCGAUAAGGAUUGCAAUGCCAAAGGCGGCUACUACUAUGUGGCAGGACACAACAAGAAGUUGGAAAGCCAGUGUCUGGUGAUGAGUGGUGGAGACGUCAGCAUGGAAUUUGGCGACUCAGGUGUUGCUUGUGAAUGGUUUCCAGAUGGUGGCUUCACACCGACCAGCUGUGGUUCAAGUGACCUGGUGAAGCCCAAGUCAUACUGGAUUGAUAAAGGACAAUGCAACAUGUACUCUGAUACGAAGUGCUCUCAAUUUUCUGGCACAGUUUAUAAUCCAAGUAUAGGCUGCCAAGGCCCAUACAGAACUCACUGGGGACCUUCUGAAGCAAAAUCGAUGAUGUGCUCGAUAAGUUGA